ACGGUUAACUUCACCUCACACCCAAACUUUUGUAUCCAUUCCAUCCACUCAGGACUAUGAGUAUUUAAUACGUUCAGUUUAAUUUAAAUUAAGUUAAGGAAGAAGAGAAAUGUCAUUCCGUUACAGAGUCAAGUCGAGAUUGUUACGACCUCAGUCGAGCUUCUUAAAAGACACGCCGGGAUCAAUUUCAAUCGACCUUUCCACCCAUGCGGAAGCCGAAGAUCCAAGGGCACAAAGUGAACCAGGAUCCAUCGCAAACGAAGAAGAAGAAGAAGUCGUUCAAUUCCCACUUUUCAGAAAUGUCAGCCUGAAAAAGAAAAUUCCGCCGAAUAGAGCUAGCACAAUUCGCCGAAAUGAUUCUCCACUAGCUUCACCAACUGAGCUUGAUCCACCAAAAUGGGAGGAAGCCGGAGAAGAACCACUUUCCGACAGUGAACUCAACAUCAACAUUGAGCUCGACUUCGGCUGGAUCUUCGGCUGGAUGGAACGCAUCGUCUGGCUCACCAUGUUCAUCUCUGUCAGCUGGGCCAUCUUCUACAACUUCGAGCGUGCCACCAGCGAAGUCUGCUACAUCCAUGGCGACGAGCACUACCCAUUUAACAUCCUCCCCUCCCUGUCUCGGGCCAUGAGCUCGUUUCGCGUCGGCAAAUUCAUCUGGACCGCCAUCAUGGCCGGCGUUUUCGUGGCACGCCUGCUAUCAAACCAUUUCCUCCAUCGCCUCUACGAAACCUGGUAUUUCGACAAUUGGUUCAACAAAAUCUACCUGAACGUCGCUUAUCUGCUCGAUACCCUGGAAAUUAUCAGUCUCGUCAUGAUUCCCGCUUUUUCGCUGGACUGCGACCCGGGCGAGCACUCCGUAUUUUUCCGGGUUUUUAUCGUCCUCACCUUUGCGGCCGAGUUGUUACAAUAUUUUACCAAGUUUUUGAAGAGAAAAGUCGGAAUUGUCCUGCAUUCCAAGGACGUGAAUAAUUAUUAUAGGCAGAUUGGGGUAUUGAUCAUUCUCCAAAUGGUGUUUAUUGCUUGCAUGGUGACGGGCUACAUGUUGCAUGAUAAGCUGUGUGGAGACCUUAUGUGGUCGAUAUUUACGGUGUCGGAGUAUGUAACGGUGGUGAUUAAUGUCAGGUUUAAACGGGAUACGGUACUGUUUGUUAAAUAAAUUGGGACUCAAGUGGUUUAAAUAAAUGAUGUGGUUCUUGUCCGUCAGUUUUAAUUAGUUGAUGCAUUGGUUUUUAGUUAUUAUUUAUUUAGAUAUUAAAGUGCUCAUGAAAAUCUAUGAAAAAAAUGUCGAUGCGUUCCUAAUACAUGUCCAGAUUUAUGUAUGUGUAUAAUUUAAGGUUGUUAGCAAUAAAUAAACCGUUAUAAAUGAAAA